UUUCAUGAAGAAUAAAAUACUCUCGAUGACUUGUGCAAUUUGAUGACGGAACAAUAAUAGUAAAACGUAAUUUACAAGUACAACGUGUAAACACUUGCCGCGCUCAUGUCGACGUUAGCGGACACAUAGGUUGAUAACUAGUGGUUUUCGGUGUCGAGUCGCACAAAAUGAUUCAGGACGACGAAUUCGAGGUCCUGGUGGAGUGCCCAGAACGGGCGAAGGUACUAGGCUUCAAGCCUCAGCAGGAGGUGGUGACUAACCGGCUUCUGCCGUACGCCGAUGAGCUCGAUAAGGAGUCGCAGAUGUUUCUCGAGCAAGUUAAGACCAACCUGGCUAAGGCAGUUGUGUUACGUGAGAUGAAACCUGCCUGUGGUGCCUGGUCAUCCAGACUAAUGAAGUACAUCAGAAUAUACGGGCUGAAGUUUAGCAAGGAAGACCACAUUGCGUUUGUAAAAUUAGCCUAUGAGUUAGUACUAGUGCCAGAUCUUGAGCCCUGCAAAAUUCACAAGUUUGCCACCCUCUUCCUUAUGCUCACCAAAAAAAGACAUUUGAUAUCACCUGAAGAAAUGACGCUGCCAUGGCGACCUCUCUACGAAGUUGGAAAGAAACUUUUUGAGAGCAAUGCAACACAUAUCGGCAUGUACCAUUACUUAACGCAAAAACGUUAUGGGCAAGGCAACAAAGAGAGCGAUAUUCUGGACAUGAUCCGCAAGUUCCUAUCGGGAGACGGGCUCGAUGACGCUAUGUACUUGCUCGGUAUCGCCGGGCCCGACGAGACGGAGCUGCCGACGUCGUUGGAAUCGUCGUAUUUGAUGAUGGUUAAGAACGCAAGGCCAUAUUUCGGCUUGUCUGCAACAAAAGAGAUUCUGGCUGAAUUUCUGCCGCAUAUCUGCCCAUGGGCCAACGACUCUCAGAUUCUAGCUCAAUUGUCGGUAUUCCUACCCGUGGAACUCCAGCCGCAGCACGCGGCCCACGGUCACGAGCUGUGGUUCGAAGAGCUUACCGAGCUCUGGGACACUUGCUAUAAUGCGCAGUGUGGCAUUUCGGAUCUAAUGGCAAUUUUUGCGGGUUUAGCGAAGCGCAAUCCUGGCGCCGUCGACUGGUCGCCCUUAGCACCAAAGAUGUUCAUGCGUUUCCUCCACGCGCUUAAUCUGCCCGUCAGUUAUAAGGACAUGCAGUACUCCAAAAAUUACUCAUUGUAUACGAAGCACAUAGCAUCGUGGAUUGUUUGGAGUAUCCGUCCAGACGGGGUAGUUCUAAGCCAACUACGCAGCUUCCUCGGUGGCGUCGAGAGCUACCUACACAGCGCCAAUCAGGGCCGCUGGUCCUUUAAGCUACGACACCUACUACGAAAACUCGCUAGGGAAUUCCUUGUCCGGGUGCGUCGUGAGCGCGAGAAGAGAUUCGAAAACCGGUGGGAGAACCAAACUCCGCCGAAGAUGAAGUUACGUGACGAGGAUAUCACCGAGUUCGUUAGCGUCGUGCUGGAGCCGACGCUGCAAGCCGUGUACAGCCGCACCGGGUCGUUGGACGUUUCGGGCGCGCUGCACAACCUGGCGACGCUGCGGCCGGCACUGGUGGUACCGCCACUGGUGGAGCGACUGCAGAGCGCGCUGGGGUCGCUCACCGAGCCGCACCGCGUCACCGCCGCCAUGUCCGCCGUGGCGGCGGUAGCGCGCCCGCUGCUGUGCGGGCCCGACAAUGGUUACCCCGCGGGGCCCACUCACGUGGUGCCAUUGCUGCUAGCCGUGCUGCCUGGACUCGACCCCAACGACAUUAAGAAGACGCUCGUCUCGCUGCAUUUCAUCCUCGUCUUCAGCUGGAUGGUGCCUUACGUGGACUGCAGCGCCGCCGCCGAGUACUGGCCAGAUCUCACCGACGAGGAGCUGCUCACUUGCGAGUCCACCGCACAGUUCGAGGACUUCGUACUUAUCUUUCUGGAACGCCUUUUCGUCAUCAUCGAGUCCAGCGUCAGCGAGAACGUGCGCCUCGACACGCGCGAGUCUGAGCUCGGCCGCAGUAAAACCGACGCCGUCAUGGAGACGGCGCUGUCCUCCGCCGCCACGUCAGUGCUCAUGCAGUGCUCGCCCAAGAUCUUCGCCGAGGCGCUGCGGAAGUUCAAGAAGUUCGCAACUGAGUCCACGUUCGAGACCAACGUUUCGGGCAGCAUGGUGGGCGUGCUGCUGCGCGUGUUCGCGCGCGUCGACUCGGAGGCCACGCUGGCCGCGUUCGUGCCCAAACUGUGUGAGGAGCUGGGCGAGCUGCUCGCCACCGACGAGGCGCUGCGCGAUGAGAACCCGCCCCGCGCCCUGCUUUACCGGCUAGUGCUGCUGCUGCACGUGCUGGACUGCGACGGCACCGUGCUGCUCAAGUACGUGGCGCGCAUCGCGCCCGUGCUGGACCGCGCGCUCAAGCUGCACUCGCCGUACGCCAUCGAGCGCGCGUGCGAGGUGCUCGGCCACAUGUUCUCCUCGCUCUGCUACAUCGACCUCCGCGGCUGGAAGAGCUCCGCCCGGGACUACGGCGCGGCGCCCGAGAAGUGGCUGCCGGUGCGCGAGUGGGGCCACGGCUGCCUGCUCACCGACGCCGGCUUCGACUGGCACGUGCCCAACGCGGAGGAGGCGGCGUGCGCGCAGGCGCUCGUCGACCGCUACCUGCGGCCCGAGCUGACGCGCCUGCGGCAGUGGCUGGACGGCGAGCGGCCCAUGUGCCGCGACCGUCGCCUGCGCUGCUUCCACAUUUUGUGCGCCGCACUCGGCUGCGGCACCUUCAUGCCGGCGGCCGACGAGGAGCCGGUGGCGCUGGCCGAGUCGCUGGUGCCGCCCACGACGUUCCCGCUGACGACCGGCGUGAGCCACUGCGUGACGCUGGACGGCGAGAACGUGCGCGCGGCGCUGACGCGGCUGCUGCUGGAGGUGCAGGAGCGGCUGCUGCGGGAGCGCACCGACGACACGCGCGGGCUAGAGAUGCUCAUCCAGGUGUGGGAGCGCGUGGUGGUGCAGCGCACGCGCGCGGCCGGCAUGGGCCCCGAGGCGCGCAUGCGCUCGUACGCCGUGCUGGAGCGCGCGCUGGACGGGCACGGCGGGCGCGCGCGGGCGCCGGCCGCGUCCGCGCGCCUGCGCAUGCUGCUGGCCGACGCCGCGCGUCUGCAGGACGAGGCGCGCUUCGACCUGGUGUGCGACGCGGGCAUCGCGCCCACGGCGCUGGGCGCGCUGCACGCGCUCUUCGACCUGUCCAUCCACCCCUACAGCUCCGUGCGCGUCAACGCGCAGGCGCGGCUGUACUGGAUGCUGGGCCACUACGCGUACUCGUACCGCGCGCUGGUGCCGCGGCUGGCGCGCCUGCUGGCCGCCGGCGGCCACGGCGACGAGUGGCACGCGCGGCACAAGGGCGCGCUCUACGUCAUGCUGGGCCCGCGCACCGGCCCGCUCGUCGCCAAGCAGGACUGGGACGCCGUGGGCGCGCUCUGGCCGGCCGUGCUCACCGCGCCGCUCAGCGAGAAGCCCUCCAUCCUGAAACUGGAGCAGGCCUUCGGCGACACGCUGCAUCGCCACUUCCCGGCCGUGAACACGCGGCUCGCCAUGUCCGCGGGAGCGGUGGCGGCCGCGCGCGCGCUGCUGCCGCCGGCCGCGGCCGCGGCGCCGCAGCUCGCGCGGCGGGAGCGCGAGGCGCAGCGGCGCGAGGCAUACUAA